AUGUGGAGCGACGAGGACGACAGUUUUGAAGAUAGGGAAUUUAUUUGCUCGCCGAAGGCUACCCUUAGAUCGGGUGACGACAAUACAAAUUCAGGAGAAGAAAUCGGACUUAACCGGCUCUCUGUUGAAAAUGGCGAAUGCGCUGCAGCGGAGGAUAUACAUACGAGAUUGCUGAUGGACAGUAAAGAAGCCAAGAAAAAUGAAAAAUGCGCCGAAUUGAUGCUUAAAGUGUCGAGGAAAGUGAUUAGCAAUCGUGUGGAUGAUGCCCGCUUUAGGAGUGGAGAUACGGCAGAAAUCGAAAAGUCAUGGGAGGAAACGCCUCCCCCAUCUCUAAACGGAUCGGAUGAUGACAACACAGAUUCGGGGAAGGAAAUUGGACCUCAUCCGCUCUCUGUUGAAUAUGGCCAAUGCGCUGCACCGGAAGAUUUACGUAUGAGAUUGCUGAUGGAGAUUGAAAAAGCAAAGAACAGGCCAAAACAUGACCAGUGGAUUCCUAAAGUGCCGAGGACAGUGGCUAGCAGUGGAACGGAAUCGCGUAAUUUUAGGUGCGGACAUGCCAUUGUGGCAGAAGUCCGUAAAUCCUGGGAGGAAAGUCCUCAAACGAAGAAAUGUUAUGCAGAGGUUGGACGUCAGCGAUCCACGGUAGAUGCUCACCAGAAAGCUAACAGAGCGAAAGUUAAGACUUCUGGUGAUUCGAAGAAGAGAGUCACAUUUGAACGCGACAAGGAUAUCGGUAGAAGCGAACAGAAAAAGGUGUCACCUAAUGAGAUGGAAAGCCAUUGUGACAAUCUCGACUCUAGUUCUACUCUUGUAUCGGCACGUUUUCUCUGA